AUGGCUCCGCGCGAGGAGCUAAUUUCCUCCGCGGUUACCUUCUUACAGGAUCCGUCGGUCGCCUCGUCGCCUGUUGAGAAGAGAGUCGCGUUCUUGCAAUCCAAGAACCUGACGCAGGAAGAAGUCGACAUUGCCUUGGCUCGGGCCGGCGAGGACCCCUCUGUCGCCGCCACCGCUACAGCAUCAUCACCGCAGGGCUACUCCUCGCAGCAAGUUGCCUACCGACCAUCAUCACAACCACCCCAAGGAUAUGGCUAUCCUCCAUACGGUCAAUGGCAGCCGCCACCAGAGCCGCCAAAGAGAGACUGGCGCGACUGGUUUAUCAUGGCAACAGUGAUGGGAGGUGUGGGAUAUGGGAUGUAUUUUGUCGCCAAUCGGUAUAUCAAGCCUCUGAUUGCACCACCGACCCCGCCUCAGCUGGAACAGGACAAGGAAAACAUCGAUGAACAAUUUUCUCGCGCAUUCGCGCUGAUUGAGCAGCUCUCGACCGAUACCACAGCAUUGAAGGAAGCCGAGGACGCCCGGACCGAGCGCCUUGACUCGGCCCUGAAAGACGUGGAAAGUGUCGUGGCUGAAUUGAAGAACUCGUCACGUCGGAGAGACGAUGAAACACGCCGUAUCAGCGAUGAGGUGAAGUCGCUGAAGGAUGCUAUCCCCAAGGCUCUGGAAGGUGCUCGCGAAGGCAACGAGAACCGGUUGAAGGAACUAGGAAGUGAGCUGAAGAGCUUGAAAGUCCUUCUGGGUAACCGAUUGGGUGGCAGUGCUGCCAGCACCCCGGCUGCUGGUAGACCUGCCGGGUCCUCCCAGUCCGAGAACCCUGUCACGAACGGCGCGCCUGCGUCCGUCGAGGAUGAAUCACCGGCGCCAGCGCCAGCGCCAGCGGCGGCCCCUCCAGCAGCGGCCCCUCCAGCAAGCUCCAACGCAACCCCUGCCCCUGCUCCCGCCGCCAACAACCCUCUCUCGCAACUCGGACGCUCUGCCUCUAUCCCGGCGUGGCAGAUGGCCGCCGCUAACCGGUCCAAGAGCUCCUCGCAGUCGACUCCGGCUACGGGCGCUGACAAUGCGACCAGCACCAGUGAGCAAACCGCUCCUCCCAGCUAA